CUCCACGAACUCCGGCCACCGCAGCCCUCAACAAGGAAGAUGAACAGGAACGGCGGCAGCCUUCUGCGACGUGGCACAUCCCACCCGCACGCGCGAUGAAUAGCGUCCGUGAUCAUUGCUGCCCACAAAUGAGACACCAACCUCCAUCCGAAAUGAGCCUCCCCUGCAAAGCUUGCUUCACGAGAAACCCUGCUCUGCGUCCGACAACAACGCCCAACGCUCACCCUCGCUUUUCCUCCUCUUUUCACGUGCGACGAACUAGACCGGCACCACAUCAGCUUCUCACCUGAAGCAUCAUCGCCGCUAACGUUCACGAGAUCGAGCUCACCAUGUCGAUCGAUCGAUUGAUCGAGUACGUGACCCAACUCGCUCCAACCAUUUCGCGCGCUUUCCGUUCCGGCCAUAUAAAGUCCUCGUCGUCGUCUCCCAGUUUGUUCCCUGCGCGAUCGAUCGAUGCUGCAGCUGCUCACUCUGCUCCGGCCGCCAUCAGCAAUGGCGGGCGAUGCCGGCGGCGAGGUGAAGUACCCGCUGGGCGCGGAGUCGUACCGCCUCCUGUGCAAGAUCGGGAGCGGCGUGAGCGCGGUGGUGUACAAGGCGGUGUGCCUGCCGCUGGGCUCGUCGGCGGUGGUGGCCAUCAAGGCGAUCGACCUGGAGCGCUCCCGCGCCAACCUCGAGGACGUGUGGCGCGAGGCCAAGGCCAUGGCCCUGCUCUCCCACUGCAACGUGCUCCGCGCCCACUGCUCCUUCGCCGUCGGAAGCCACCUUUGGGUGGUCAUGCCCUUCAUGGCCGCCGGCUCGCUCCACUCCAUCCUCUCCCACGGCUUCCCCGACGGCCUCCCGGAGCCCUGCGUCGCCGUCGUGCUCCGGGACACGCUCCGCGCGCUCUGCUACCUCCACGGGCAGGGCCGCAUCCACCGCGACAUCAAGGCCGGCAACAUCCUCGUCGACUCCGACGGCUCCGUCAAGCUCGCCGACUUCGGCGUCUCGGCCUCCAUCUACGAGACCGCACCGGCGGCGGCGGCGUCCUCCGGGCCCGCCCACGCGGCGCCGCCGGCGGCCCUCGGCGGCUCGUCGUCGUGCUUCAACGACCUCGCCGGGACGCCCUACUGGAUGGCGCCCGAGGUCAUCCACUCCCACGUCGGCUACGGCAUCAAGGCGGACAUCUGGUCGUUCGGCAUCACGGCGCUGGAGCUCGCGCACGGCCGGCCGCCGCUCUCCCACCUGCCGCCGUCCAAGUCGAUGCUGAUGCGGAUCACCAGCCGCGUGCGCCUCGAGGACGCCGAGCCGGCGGCCUCCGGCUCCGCCAAGAGGAAGAAGAAGUUCUCCAAGGCGUUCAAGGACAUGGUGUCCUCCUGCCUCUGCCAGGAGCCGGCCAGGAGGCCGUCGGCGGAGAAGCUCCUCCGCCACCCCUUCUUCAGGGGCUGCCGCUCCAGGGACUACCUCGUCCGCAACGUCCUCGCCGCCGUCCCGAGCAUCGAGGAGCGGUGCAAGGACGCCGCCAACCUCUGCGGCUGCGCCAAGGGCGCGCGCUGCGUCUCGCCGUGCCGCCACGCCGCCGGCAGCGUCGACGUCGUCAGGAACCGGCGGAUUAGCGGCUGGAACUUCAACGAGGAGAACCUCGAGUUCGAUCCGGCCGAGGCGGGGGCGGCGGAGAAGAGACGCGGCCGCCUUCCGUUCCACGAGGAGGAAGAGGAAGACGACCCGGCCGAGCUGGAGAGCAACUCCGCCGGAGACGGCAACGAGGGUACCCGGACGGCGGCGGCGACGCGAGUGAGCCACGACGACGAGAAGGCGGCGGCGGCGACGCGAGGGAGCCACGACGACGAGAAGGCGGCGGCGACAGGGUUUAAGGAGGUGGUGGUUCCGCAGCUGAUGACCAUCUUGGAGAGCCUGGAGGUGCAGAGGGGCAUGGUGAUGCACGUGCUGGAGAGCGGCGGCUGCCACGUCGCCGACGGCGGCAUUAAUGGAUGCGGCGGCAUGGCAGCUGCUGAUCCAGGGGAGGAGAUGCUGCUCGGGUACGUGCGGCAGCUGGAGCACAAGGUUGAGGAGCUCAGCACGGAGGUGGAAGAGGAGAUGGCAAGGAACGCCCGGUUGGAGAAGCAGGUGCAGGAGAGGCAGGUUAGUGCCCACAGGACAGAUUCUUCAGCUCAGACAUCAGGGAGCAAUUGAGAUUUGAGAAUUUGAGAUCGUUCAGCGAAUCAGCGUGUUCGUCAAGCGCUAGCGUCAGACUAUUGCAGUUUUUCAUGCUAGCUAGAUUGAGACCCUAUUUGGAGGAGCUAAAUUUGAGUGCUAAACUUUAGCACAUAUUAUUAGCAAUUAGCACUUACACGCACUCUAAAAUUUUAGAGUCUUGGCUAAAGUUUAGCUCACCCCAUUAUCGUUUUCUAUUUGGAUGAGCUAGUGUUAAAAUUAGUACUUUCACCUAUUAGCAAUAGGAUCGCCUUGUUAACGGCUUGAACCCUGUGUAUGCCUUAUCAUUAGAGUAUACAUGUGGUAACUUAAUUGGUAAAUUCCAUUGUAUCUGUUCUUGAGUUCCUAACUAACAUACUAUAUGAUAUCUUAGGUGUUAUGAUGCGGGUGCAAGACUCAUUGUCAAUGGUCAUCGAAUUGUUAAAUUAUUUAAAGGUUAAUUGAAUCCAUGCCACUACAA